AUGAUGGGACUCCUGGCUGGCCGCAAGGUCAAGCGUCAUGGAUCUCCCGAAGUUGACUUGCUCUUGGCUGCCUUCCACAUUCCGACUCGCCGGAAGCACGGGAAGAAGACGUCGAAACGAACGAGGAGGAGCUCCAAGGCUCGUCAUUGUCUGAAGACAGCUGCACAGCACGAGGGCGAGGAGGAUGAAGAGGAUGAGGAGCCAGAUAGCUCUUUUGACUCUGACGUACCGCUGUUGCCCACCUCUCCCCGUUCGAAGAGGAAGAGCUCGAACAAAGAUAAACGCGUUGCGGACGUCGUACCGCGCUCGCUCAUCGAGACUGAUGUAACUGCGUUGCACAACACUCGAACCUCGAUGCCCAAGAAUAUCGACCAUGCCCGCCAUGUCAAGCAGUCCUCGCCGACACCUCACGGUUCAGACAACGGUGCCUGGAUGCCCCGGGCUGUUCCUCACCAGUACUACCUACCGGCUACGUGCCUGACACGAUCCCCUGAGAGCCACCGAUACGACUCAUCAAGACUGACCCCGGCCUACCAUCAGUGGGAUGACGCAUCUGGUCAGAAUCAGCAGCAAGGACUGAAGUCACUAGGCGGUGAUCAAUACGCGAGCGUCCGCAACGACCACGAUCCUGGCGUUCUCAAGAGUCCUGCGCCCAUCAUCGCCGAGAAGACCGAGAAAAGAUCCGAAGACAGGGCGGAACUCCAGGACAAGAGUCUCCUGCACGCUUGUGCCGGGUGUGGAUGCGUCCGCUCGCGCAAAUACCACGAGAAGCAUGUGAUUGCACCUGGAAAGACCAAGCAGCCCAGCCUCUGCGAGAAUUGUCGCGCAAAGCUGCACCAGACUGGGCUCAUCGGAAAGCUCAAGCGACAUGUUUGCUUCGGCUGCGGCAUCUACCGCUCUCGCUCGUUCAAUGAGGAGCAUCCAGCCAGGCCUGAGGAAAAGUUGCUUGUCAACUACUGCGUUCGGUGCGAGAAUGAGAUGGGCACGAGCCCGAGCGACAUCAGUCACCAAGAGUCUGGAUGCAACACCCCCAAAGACGCUCCUGAGGAACCACAUGACGCCAGAUCUCGAGUACCAAAGCCACCAGAGCCUAAGCAUCGCAGCCCAUUGUCAGCCAGUCCCAUCCUCGACAAAUCCUCCACACCAGCAUGUCUCCCAAAGCGAGACCAUGGAGCAUCUAGGCGCAGAGAUGUAAUAGAACCCAUUUUGGAGGCAGCGUUCAACAGCAGCCACAAGCAGGAGCAGUCACGUCCCCAAUACCGGCCACCUUUCAUGGAGGACGUGACUACGCCACUGCUUGCCCGUCCAAGCAGUAGUUUUGUUCAUAAUGAACCAGGCCUGGAGGAAUCUCCUCCCCAGACUCCCAGCAUCGCCCCCAAUGGUACCAAAAAUACAAGACUGUCCUCUAUCUUGAGAUGCAAGACCAUUGUACAGGAGGAAGGACCGGGCAUGGAUUCCUCGUCACCCACAAAGUCAACGACUAGCUCGGACCUGUCAGAAGUGGGCAGUGGGUCUACUACAUCGAGCAGCAAGACGGUCAAGUUCAAGAACUUGGUCGGCGUCAGGCGUUCACGAUCGCCUUCAGAAAGCGGUUUCGCGUCUCAGGAAGAAACGGAGGAGCCCAUCAAGCCUGACGACGACACACAACCCUGCCGAAUUGGCACCUACGGCUGUAACCCACUGAUGGACGAACGUGGGAGACCUUUGUCCACGUCUGAGCGCCUGGGCUCGUUCUCCAGCAAUGCUCCUCACCCAGAGGCAUAUGAUGAGUAUGAUGAUGGGAUGCCCCGGGGUCUUGAGGACCGCUACUCUCAAUCGACUCGGGACCAUACACGAGGCGCUUUCAGUGGUUACGGUGGUGCUUUCAGCUCGGACGCUGGCUUCAAGACCAAAGCUUGGGAUUGGAGUGAUUUCAACGCUGGCGACUCGUUCCCAAUGCCACAAAUUCAACGAAGCGCCUUCAGCUCCUACUUCAACGACGCAGCGGACAAUUACGAGGGGAUGCCCAGCAGCCCACAGCCAUGUCCACAUGCGGAUGGCCCUGUUGAUCAGCAGCCCCCGGAGACUGUUCCAAGUUCCGCCAGAGAGGCGUCGGAUUUUAACCCUUGUACGACGAAGCAGCGCACGUCACACUUUCACCCUGCGCAUGACACCAUCUACGAUUCAGAGCCCAUCAUUGAGGAGGCAGACUCCACGAUCAGCUCGCCUGCCAGGAUUUCCCUUUUGCUCGAAUACGAACUUGGCGCUAUCCCUGUCCUUGAUCUGGACGGCGAGACUAUUGUCAACGAGAGUCCCGAGCCAGAGGAUACCAGUCCUGACGAAGACUCUGGCCGUGACUUUGAUGUCCCGUGUCUGCUGUCAAUGCUGGCCACGGAAAAGAGCAAUUACUGA